AGUAACUUCAUAGAUUUUGAUUUUGCACAUAAUUCAUGUGCGCUAAAGCAAAAUCAGUGCUGUGAUCUACAUGUAACCAGAAUGUGUUUUACCUAGUGAUAGUGAUCAGUGACUCUGGCAUAUUUGAACUGGGUGUCUGAAACCAUGCCUUAAAUGCUGAGAUGUGGUGUGAAAAGAAGACUAGACAAGCUCCAUGUGUAAACAUGUGAAAAGCUUGAAGGAUUUAUCGUAUUACAAAACAACCAGCACACUUCAUGUACAUGUAGACCUGUUGGUGGACUCCUGUGUACAGUUCUGAGAAGGCCAUGGAGAUGUGCAUGCCGUCAUAUAAAAAUAACUCGGUGGCUUGACACGGAUUUGUAAAGUAUUUAACAGGUGCCUUCUACCAUGACGUAUAUACAUGUAUAUACGUUAUUUGCAUUCUAUAACCAUAAAGGCAGAAGUUCUUAAGUUUGCUGAGAAACUAAACAAGUGAGGACUGUGAAUGGUUUGCGUGCGAGCAUUGAGGAGGAAGGCUGAUCUUCAUUGCUCUGUCCAGGCAACAAACAUAGACUGCCUGUCUACAGCAUUCUCUGACAGCCAUAAUUGGCCAGGGAAGCCUGAGCAUCUGAAUAUUCAAUCACAUUCUGUCUCAAAAACAGACAAUCGUGGUUUUGUGGGUGUGAACAUCACGUGGAGGACACCUAGUGAUGUUUCUGCCACUUAUGUCACAGGCUUUGAAGUAAGCUUAAAUCUUAUCGGCUCUAAUGUAUUUGGUGUAAGAACCUGCUAUGUUUUCAACUUAACCAGAGCGACCAACACAUCCAGGGUCAUUUUACAAGAACUAGUGGACAGUGUCUUCACUCUCCAGUGCCAAGUACCUGCAAAAGCAGAAGGUAUCUUCACUCAACUGUACAGUCUCCCAAAGCCUAAAAAGAAACUCUUACAGAAAAGGGUGUAUAAAUACUUCAAGUUCGAAGCUAUGAGAGCAACUGCUUCACCCAAUCCUUGUGAUGCAGACCCACAAAUUUAAAGCCAGUG